CUGGCGUCGGGCGGAAGUCACUUUCACACUUUGCAGCGCACAUCCCCAUCCAUGCCAAAGACGGCAGAACCUUGGGCGAGCAGAAGCAGCAACAAGCUGACAUUGAAUUUCACCAACCCUGGACGCACCCGGGACGUGCGACCUGAGGCUAUCCCCAAACCCCCAGAAUUCGGCCAAGACACGACUCCUCAAGACAUCCAUCCAGCACGCGCGCGCUCUCCUCCCAUCGACAGACUCGUUUCUAAUGGCGAGGACCACAGACUCGCCAAUGGACUCGCCGCUUUCGUCAAUGGACGACUCUGAUGCGUUCCACCACGACGCGCACGACGGCGAGAGCCUGCCGCCAGCCAAACGCCCGCGCCUGGGCGACGUCUCGACCGCAUCGUCCGCCGUCGCCGCCGCCGACCACGACCCCCUCGAGGGCCUGUCGCCCGUCUCCUCCGACACCUCAGGCGACAUCCCCAGCUCCCCAACCAACCCUUCCCGCCCCGAGGACGACGACCUGCAGGAGCAGGUCACCACAUGUGCCUGGGAGGGCUGUCGCGCCGGCGAUCUUGCCAACAUGGACCGCCUGGUUGAGCACAUCCAUAACGACCACAUCGAGGGCAAGCAGAAGAAGUAUACGUGCGAGUGGGUGGGAUGCGCGAGGAAAAGCAUGCAGCAUGCAAGCGGCUACGCGCUGAAGGCGCAUAUGCGCAGCCACACCAGGGAGAAGCCCUUCUACUGCUACCUGCCCGAAUGUGACCGCUCCUUCACGCGUUCUGACGCUCUCGCAAAACACAUGCGGACAGUGCACGAGACCGAGGCCCUGCGGCCAUCAGACCCGGUUCCCAAGUCUAUGCAGAACCAGGCUUCCGCAACAAAAUCGGGCAAGCCGCUCAUGAUCGUCAUCAAGACGCCGAGGUCGCACGCCGCCGGCCACAAGGACUCAACCAUGGACGACGCCAGCUCCACCGGGGGGUGCGAUGACUCCAACGGCCUGCUCACGCCCAUGAACGAGGACCAAGGCUUCACGUCCGACGAGCUGCGCAUGCCACUCCAGCGCUUGCAUGGGCUCUGUCGCAUGCAGCUCAAGUGGUCCGAGGAGCAUGGCGAGGACCUGCGGCGCCAGAUUGAGCGCGCCGAGGCCAGCUACAAGCGCGCUUGGCUCGAGAAGGAGAUCCUACUGCAUCAGGUCAUCCAGAACGAGAUGGGCUGGCACGAGCGCCGCCAGGCCGUCCUCAACGGUGAUGCCGAUGUCCACCUCGCCCCGGGUGCCAUGCUCACCAACGGCGCCGCAUUAGCAACUGCUGCCGACGCCGAUGCUGCCGCCACCCCGAGCGCCGCACCUUCGGCCAAUGGGGACGAUGACGAUGCAGCUGGUACUCUAGGGACCGAGGACGGCAACCAGGAUUAGUCGUCCGGAACACGUCGCUCGCCCAUCGAUAUCGAUGCCCUUUCUCUCCGGGCGCCGAAAGCCGCCUCUACAGCGCGCGUCAACAGACCUGAGCCCCAGGCACAGCACUCCCGGGCUCAGCAGGCAUCCUCGAAGGAGAGGAGUCAGGCAUUCAGCGGAUUCACCAAGGCUGACUGGAACGAAUACCUGCGGUCUAUGCGACGGUUCAGGCCGGACCCGCUAUUAGGUCUAAGGCCUCGCACUCGCCCACCGACCGAGAACCAACAACAGGGCCCUCGGAAUUAAGCCAGCCACAGCCGGGGAGUCAACGGAAUAAUAUAUAUGGCGCCUCUACCCUUCGAUUUGAUUUUGUUUUGACACGCCUUGGCCCUUUGGCUGAGCUGAAGCACGCAGCACUCAGUCUCCAUGUCGAGACCAGAGCCCGACAGGGCCCUCGGUUUGCAGCGGAGAGAAUUGGGUAAAUAUGAAAAGGGAGCGGUCUUUGGUGUACAUUUGGCUCCAGUGGCCUACGGGCAAAUCAAGGGCGGGUGUUCCCUAAAUGCGCUACCGUCGCGUGUACGAGUGUUUGUUUUGGUCCAUUAGCGUCGGGUUUAUGGGAUACUAUCAUUGCUGGGGAAGUACCCCUUGGGCACAUUUCGAAGGGCUUGGGCAGGAGCUUUAAUGCAUGAUGCACGAGGCGGUUUGUUUGGGACAGCACUGGCGUUAUUUUGCUUUCUCUCUUGCUAUCUUCCCUGGUCUUAUCCUUGUUCGGGAUCAUUUGACCACAGCCUCGGGACGGAAAACGGCGUCUCAUUAUCAUAGAGCAGCGGUAUGAGUUGAUAAUUGUACCAAUAUCCUAUCUCCUGUG